AUGAGGCUCCUCAGCUGGCGAUCUCUUCUGCUAGUGACAUCACUCUGUGCGCACUCACUACCUUCCGUCUCUGCGGUCUCGUUUUUCUCCCACAACGAUCUCUCUCGCCGAAACGACAGGGAGGAGCCACCUGAGGAAAAAUACUUCCACGAACCGGGUAAUGAUGAUAUUCUGGGCCAUUACGAUACGAGGUUUUUCAAGGGGGCUGUUACAGAGAAUGGGUUGGAGACGUGGAUUGCACAUGGGACGUUGUUGGGGUGGUGGUGGAAUGGGAAGAUGCUUCCUUGGGACUGGGAUAUUGAUACCCAAGUCAACACCGCCACCCUCUACCGCAUGGCCGACACAUUCAACCACACUAUCUACCGAUACGACCUCGCAGACGACCAGACCCAGCGCAAAUACCUACUCGACGUCAACCCGCACGCCCGCCGACGCGACCGCGGCCAGGGGCAAAACAUCAUCGACGCACGCUGGAUCGAUAUGCGCAAUGGCCUCUACAUCGACAUCACGGGCGUCAGCGAAGUCAACCCUGAAACAGAACCGGGCAUCCUCCAAUGCAAGAACUUCCACAAGUAUGAGACCUCAGACCUCUACCCGAUGCGCGAGAGUAUGUACGAGGGCGUCCCGGCGAAGAUCCCGUAUAAGUAUCAUGAGAUUUUGAUUAAGGAGUACGGGCAGAGCGCGAUGGUUGUGAAAGAAUAUGAAGACCACAACUGGGUCCCGGAGCUCAAGCUGUGGGUACCGGAUAAGGAACGAAUGGCCGAAACCGCGAAGCUUACUCCGGAAGAGCGGAAAAAGAAACAAGAUGAGGAACGCAGCGUGCGCCAAAAUGAGAUUGAACAAGAUUCCGGACGAUGGGGUUGA